UCAGGAUCAUGGACAAGAACUGUGUGAUUGGUUGGAUUCAAAAACAAAAUUUGUAACGUAUAAUAGAAAUAACAAUGAAUGAGGGCCAUAACAUAAAAUGAAUUUACCACAUUUAUUAAGUGCCAUCGAAAUAGUGUAGAGUUUUGUGAUUCGUGAAUUUGAUGUUUUAUUCAUUAUUAACAAACUGUUAUGAUAGAAAUAUUAUUAAUACGUUAAUUUUGAAUUUAAAUUUGAGUGAAAAUAAUUUAUUAAGAUAAUUAACCCAAUUGAAGAAAGUUUAAUUGAUUUUACAAAAGACAUUUUUAUUUAUCAUUUUACAUUCCAACCAUAAAACGACCGUUACGUUUUAAAAAUUAUUUUAUUUUAUUUCAACGUAAUAAAUCAUGGGUAAUUUAACGAGUAAAUUAUUCUUAAACGAUGAAGAAGGCAAAUCAAAACUACCGAGUCAUAUUAAAAUGGGAGUAAUUGAAAAAAAUCAAGAAAAGCAUCAAUGUACUCCGGUCAUGACAAAAAAAAAUUUGCCAGCUGAUCCACGAUCUGCUACUGCUGGCAUACAUAGGACUCCAAUUGAGCUUGAUGUAACUCCUACUGCUGUACCUAGACGAGUGGCAAAAGCAAUACCUAAAUACUUACAAUCGAAACAAUAUCUUGAGACUGAUAUCGAUAGUGUUAUGCCAUCAUUAUCAUCAACACACAAAGUAUUAGAUCCUCGAUCGCCUAACGCUCCUUGCACACGAACUCCUAUUAUGGUUAAACCUUCAUCUGAUUAUUUGUCUCCCGUUGUAUUGAUAAAAGAAGCACCAGAAAUGGAUACGCCAAAAACUUCUGUCAACGUACUUGAUCCACGUUCACCGGCAAUCAAUUUCGAUAGAACACCAAUUUUAAAACCUAAAUCACCUAAACGUAACGAUUCACGUGUUCAACAAAAUAACUCAAUUGAAUGUGGCACAGAAUUAUCAAACCCACAAUUGACUUAUUGUGAAACUACAAGUGAUUUCAAUGUAUCUGAAAUUCAAGUUCUGCCUGAAAUUAUUUCUCACCACCAACAACCAUCAGAUUUGAAAAAACGUUUAGAAUUGAAUGAUGAAUUUAAUAACAGUUUUGACGAUUGCUUGUUUACUAAGUGUAGUUCUGAUGAAAGUGAUUCAGAAGAACAAUUAACUGUUAUUCCUAACGUAAAAGCUGUGAAAACAAACGAACAAUUGCCAUUCACCCGUGAUACAAUGGAACAAGAAUUAACGUGUGACAGUAAACAAAUUCAAAAAAUCGAUGAGAAUCUAGAACAUGUGUCUAUUGUUACAAAUACAAUAAAUAAAAAAUCUAAGAUUGAUACUGAAGAAAAAAUUCGUAUUUGGAGAGAUUCAAUAUCACCCGAACUUCUUGAAGAACCAAAAUCGAAAACCAUAAUACCUAAAGCCGAAGAAAUUAUUAUUGAAUUUGAUAAAGACAAAUCUAUUAUUAAAUCCGAUAAGACUGAUAAUGUUUUGACCGAAGUCAUUGAUGAAAAUACAAAUAAUAAAGGUCCUGUUGUAAAAAAGAAGAAGACUGUACACAAAAGAAAAGAUUCUAAGCCAUUAUUAAAUGAUAAAAAGUUAUCCAACACCGUUGGAGUACGUACACCAUUAAGUAAUAGAUCAAAUAGCCGAAAAUCUCAAGUUUUAUCUAAAUCACCUCAACAAAUACUUAGAAACAAAGCUCUUUCAGCAAAACCAUAUCAACAAGAAAAUACACCCCCACGUAGUAAAAAUUUAAACUCUAAAAUUAAGUCGAGCAAUGCACAUUGGGAUUUAGAUAAAACUGUUAUUAUUUAAUAAUAAUUUAAACGUUUAUUUUUAAUAUUUAAACUUAAAUUAUUGUCUCGUAUUUACAUCAGUUGUAAACUUUAAAUUAUUUUUACAACUCCAAAAAAUCAAUAAUUAUUGGAUCUAUUUUAUUACUUACAUUAAUAAAUUAACAAUGUAUUUUUAAUCUAAUGAUAUUUAAUGACCGUAAAUUUCGUUCUUUCUGAAAUAAU